AUGCAGGAUCGAGAAUUCACCAUGGCCAAGUCGCUGCUCACAGUGCUCUCCGGUCGAUCUCGCAGCACCAAGGCCGCCAAGGCACCUAGUAGCAGCAGCAGCAAGAAAGCAUCGAACAGCUCCAAAUCCACAUUUACACAUGCUUAUCGUUCGAGCCGCCUCCAUCGCUUCGAUGACAAGUCCGGUCCACCGCCACCACGUGGAUCGCUCACCAGCGAAAAGCUCUCGUACCUUGACUGGCGUCUGAAGCGUAUCAAUCACGUUCGCCAAGAGUCGGAAGGCUCGCCGCUUUGCUGGAUCGAUGGCCGCGACACCAUCGGUCGCACCUCGUUCGAUGUACGAGUUGAACAAGAGCUUGAAGAGCGCACCGCAGCCGUCACUGUCGCCCCUGCACCAAAAGUGCCACAGGCAGCACCUAUGAUGCCCAGCCGUAUGGCACCCAUCUAUGAGGACGAGAAAGCAGCAGGCAUCAAGGCACUCGAACACGCAUUUGCUCGAGACAGCGUUUUGGCAUCGAUGCCGUAUCUGGCCAAGCGAGACUCGAGCUCGGGUUCGGAAAUGUCGGGUUCGUCAGAUCAGCAAGCCUCGCAUGCUUCUGGAGUGCUUCACGCAACCGCAGACAAGGAUGUCGGCGGCGUCUACUUUAGCAAGCCUCGCAAGUCAUUCUUGACACGUGCUGGCACUCGUUUCAACAAGAAGAAGACCGAGACAGUUGGCCAAGACGCUGCCGAGUCAAGACCAGCUUCUCGAGGCAGCCGUUCUCUCUCUCGCAUGUGGAAGCGCCAGACAUCUGUUGCUUAA